UUGGAGCUGGGGUUGCUCGGUUUGCCACAGGCGAUGUUAGGUGCAUAGGGAAGUUAUCUGUCUGUAUUACUAAUUAUUCCUUAACAUUACCAUCGUCAGAAAGGCUUAUGUGCUCCGUGCAGCUCGAUCUCCGAGAAGGGGUGUUCAGUGAGUCAGUCGGUGUUGAAACCAUUCCCGUUCUACUACAUCAAUAUGGGUGUGAUCAGUGUGCAGCUGGUAGUUACCAUGGUAAUGGCCAGCGUGAUCCAGAAGAUCAUACCACACUACUCCUUCGCAAGAUGGCUCCUCUGCAGUGGCGAUCUGCGUUGGUAUCAGCAUCCCACAGAUGAUGAGCUACGGAGCCUCGCCGGAAAACUCCAGAAGGGAAAGAGCAAGAAAGACAGGAAGUACAACGGGCACAUAGACAACAAACCUCUGACCAUUCCCAAGGACAUCGACCUCCAGCUGGAGACAAAAUGCAUUGCCGAAGUGGAUACGUUAGCACUUCAUUAUUUCCCAGAGUUCCAGUGGCUGGUGGACUUCACGGUGGCCGCCACCGUGGUGUACCUCAUCACCGAGCUGUACUUCUGCGUGGCAGAGCCCAGUGGAGAGAUGAACAUCAGCGUGGUGUGGUGCCUGCUGGUCCUGGCUUUCGUCAUAAAGAUUCUGUUCUCCCUCACCGCCCACUACUUCAAGCUGGAGGAGGGGGGAGAGCGCUCGCUCUGCAUCACCUUUGCCUUCUUCUUCUUCGUCAAGGCCAUGGCCAUCCUCAUCGUCACCGAGAACUACCUGGAGUUCGGCCUGGAGACAGGGUUUGCUAAUUUCUCUGAAAGUGCUGUGCAGUUUCUUGAGAAUCAAGGGCUUCAGUCCCAGGGCCCCAUAUCCAAGCUAACCUUCAAGCUGAUCCUGGCGCUCCUCUGCUCCCUGAUUGGAGCGUUCCUGACCUUUCCCGGCCUGCGAUUGGCCCAGAUGCAUCUGGACGCCCUUACACUGACCACUGGCAAAGUCACGCAGACCUUGCUGCAUAUCAACUUCUUGGCUCCGCUGAUAAUGGUUCUGCUGUGGGUGAAGCCGUUAACCAAGGACUACAUCAUGAACCCCACUCUAGGGAAAGAAGAGAGUGUGCCUUUGAUGAGUGAGCAGACCUUCGACACGCUGCGCCUGUGGUCCAUCCUGCUGCUGUGCGCUCUGAGGCUGGCCAUGAUGCGCCACCACCUGCAGGCCUACCUCAACCUGGCCCGGAAGGCCGUGGAGCAGAUGAAGAAGGAGGCCGGCCGCAUCAGCACCGUCGACCUGCAGAAGAUGGUGGCGCGGGUCUUCUACUACCUAUGUGUUAUUGCACUCCAGUACAUGGCUCCUCUGGUGAUGCUGCUGCACACAACCUUGCUGCUAAAAACUUUAGGCGGUCACUCGUGGUGGGUGUACCCUGAAGAGGACCAGCCUUGCCCUUUGCAUGUGAACUCUGAACCUGCCGCUAUUGUGGUGGGAGGAGCAGGAGCAGGAGCGGCAGGGCCCGUCGCUACGGAGACCGGAGCCGGGGCCGGGGUCGGGCCGUCCGUGGCCCAGCUGUCAGUGGCCCUGGGCGGCCUGCGGACAGUCUUCAGCCCCCUGCUCUUCCGCGGCCUGCUGUCCUUCCUCACCUGGUGGGUCGCCGCCUGCCUGUUCUCCACCUCCCUCUUCGGCCUGUUCUACCACCAGUACCUGAUGGCCGCGUAGCCCGCAGGAGCCGAGCCGAGUCGACCGGACCUGGCUGAGGCGGGGGAGGGGGGUUUCCGAGCCAAGGACUCAGGGCUUCGGACCUCACUCACCCAACUCUCCACGCUCCCCCCUCCUCUCUCACAACAUCAUAUCAGCAAAGCUCUUCUACGAUGUGCUUCCUCCACAGAUGACUUUCGUUGUUGUUUUAUCGUUUUUUAUUUCAGUUUCGACCGUGACGCCACGUGUCACCGGAGCAGGACCUGCUACUAUUAAUGGGAAUGAUAUCAUUAUCAGUAAUAAUAAUAAUAAUAAUAAUAAUAAUGAUAGUAAUAAUAAUAAUAAUUGAAAUAAUAAUGAUGGUAACAGUAAUAAUUGUUGAUGAAGACCGGGGGGAAGCAGGACUGCUGGGGGUUCAGGGAGGGAGAGGUGGGCCGGAACUGAAGUUCAGGGCGGAUGCUCCGGUGAAGUGCAUGAGGGGGACACUUUUGGCAGGAGCACCAGGGGGGAGGGGAGAGGCCCACAUUGGCAUUGCCUCAUAUAGAUAUUUAUAUUCUUUUUAAUGGACAAUGGAGAGUUUUAAAAAUGCUUUGUGUAUUUGUUUGUUUAGAUUUUUUUUAUAACUGUUUUGUCCAUUAGUAGUAACCGGUGUAGAUUGUUCAUGGAAUGAAGAGAUGAGAGUUUCCAAUAGGUCAUGUUCAUUGGCUGUACUCUCUUUUGACUGAAGGGAGGCGUGUUAGAGUGAGUGGAUGAGUGUGUGUGUGUGUGUGUGUGUGUGUGUGUGACAAAUCCUUUGACUGAGACCUAUUUUGCUGUAUGUGUGUGCCUUCAUUAGCAUGUUCAAGCUAAGUUUGUAUGGGUGUGUGCCCCCCCAUGCCUACUGCUGCUGGCACGUGUGUGUGUGUGUGUGUGUGCGUGCGUGCGUGUGUGUAAGUCGCUGUGAAAGUAAGUCAGAGUUUGUAUGCCCUCGGGCUGCAGAUAACUCCUGCUGUGUUCUGGGGGUUUGAAAAUCAAAAAGGGCAUUUUGAUCAAUGAAAUCGGCAUGUAGAGCUCCACUGCAAAGCACUGUUGAAGAGAUCCUCCUCCUCUUCUUCUUUUUUUCCUUUUUUUUCCCCUUUUUGGUCUCAUCCAACUGCACUGCUCACCCGCCCUCUCGACGACCGAAACGUUUCCGCUCUGAACGCAGGGCCCUCGAGGAGACUAGGAGCCCACUGAGUGUGUUUAUUUUAGUGUUCUUAUUUUUUAACGUUGGUGGAUCAAAUCAGUAGCUUUUUUCUCCCUUUUUGAUGUUGUUAGUAUUGUUGCGCUGUCCUAACACGGAGUCUUUUAAUUCAUUUUUGAGAAGGUGCCAAUAGAAUCCACUGGGGUUGGUGCACAUGGCCCCACUGUCUUAGUCGCCCAAUGAGAAGAUGAGGUAUUAGUCACAGUCAAGGAAAAGACCAGAGCAAUUCAGUGUGUGUGUGUGUGUGUGUGUGUGUGUGUGUGUAUGUGUGUGUGACAGAGUAUUUAUAAAGAGAGAUCAUUUCAUGGAAGAAGCUCAAAAGUGGGUCUCAUAAAGUGUAUUUCAUUUCUUUCUUUUCUGUUGAACCACCACACACGAAAGCAGACCAGACGGUUAUGUUACAAUCAUAUCGGAUGACUGAUGUAAUGUCUAAUGUUUUUGUUUGUUUGUUUUUUUUUUAGCAAAAAUGUUAAUGUAUUUGAACUCUUUCGUCGGAAAGGGUUGGGAAAGUCUUAUCCUGACUCUCUUUUAAACAUCAGAGAGGAAGCACACUAUGAAUGUAAAGAUCCUGCCUAGUUUUUGUUUGUUUGUUUGUUUGUUUGUUUCUAACUGUAAUGAAAAUUUCACGUAUGAACAAAUUGAUUUAUGCAAAUAUGAGCAACCUGUAACACCUAUUUGACCGUGACGACUGGUUCUGUCAGUCAGUUAGUUAGUGGACUUUUGUCAACUACAUCAACGGAUUUGCUUCAUGUCAGGCAAAUAUUUUGUGGUGCACAACACAAUAUGCACUGGUUUAUACCCAUUUGUCGGUCCUUUGUGUGUGUAUAGUGACUCGCUUUUCACACGACGUGGGGACUGAGAGGAUUGUUUCUGGUGUCAGUAUUGCAGGGAGAUGCUGGUUUGCAUUGCGCCAUUGGCCUUUUGUGUCUCACAUGGUCCCCCUUCCGUGGGAAUUUUGAGCAGAAACUGACAGCCUUCGCCACGCCCGGGCCUGUUCUACUUGGCCUGUUGACAUCUCGGCUCAUGGUGUACUGCCGCAGACAUUCUCAUUUUCUCUCUCUCUCUCUCUCUCUCUGACUUUCUCUUUUCUCUCUCUCUUUCUCUUUCUCUUUCUCUCUCACUCGUUGCAUGUGUCCGCGGUGACUUGAACCGUCGUUUCCGGAAAGAUCAGGUCGUUGCAGUAUUCCGUUAAUCGCACUAACCGCAACCCCCUCCAAAAAAAAUUCCUAAUUUUAAAAUUUGAUUUUUUAAUUUGCAAACAAUUGCGCCUGUAUACAUUUCUAAUCCUAAUGCCAAAUGAUCUUUUGAAACGGUGUCUUUUAUUCAGCCAUUUGUGGUUUUACUUAUUAUUACUGAUUAUUUUUGAUUAGUUUUAUUUGCAUCAAAGACAAAUCAGCUGUACAUUUAAAUAUUUUGAUUUUUCUCAUAUUCUUUAUUCCCCUCCUGGGGUAUCAGUUUUGAAGCCGGGGAAACUUUUACAAUCCAUCAGCCUUCUGGGCUGUGUUUGUCUUACUUGAGUGUAUGUUUUUUUCCAAGUAUUGAUAUUUCUCUGUGUAUUUAUUAUGUUUCUCUCUGUUUAGUUUGUUUUAAUAAAUUAAUAUGA